AUGCAAGAUGUUCCUAAGGUUCUAGUACCUGCACCUGUUCCUAAAAUGAACGCGUGGAUUGAUGCCUCCAGUUUGAUUGAAAGUGCAAAGGAAGCCAAAAUUGAGAUUGAUACUAGCGUUGAUUUCACACAUGGGAGUAUUAAAGUGAACAAACAGGGUCACCCAAACAACAAAAAUACACUAGGAAAUAAACGGAACAUUUUAGGUAAACCAAUGAACAAGUAUAAAAAUUCGGAAGUUGAAAAUAUUAACAUCAAUACAGUUCCCAAGCGGUUAGAUGUUAAGGAAGCAACUGAAGAAGUUGAACAUUUCCAUAUAAGCAAUGGAAAAAAGAAACAAACCUGGAGAGAGAACAAAUUCGACAAUAAAAACUACAAGGCAAAGUUUCACAAAAGCUCCAGAAGUCAUGCCUAUAGAAACAAUUAUAGUAGGUGCCUCAAUGCUCAAGAAAACAGAUCACGACAACAACAUGCACAACAAGAGCCACAUGUACUUGAAAAGGACAUACUGGUACCAACUUCUAAUAUAAUGAAUGAUUAUGGCCAAUACAGGACUCUUGUUUUAUCAGAUCCAUCCCUUCAGCAACCAGUAAAUGAAAAGUUCCCAGCAAUACCUUUACUAUCACCAGCAGCUGCAGUGUCAGGCGACUCUUUUGCAAACACUAAUCAUGCGCUGUUCUCGGGUCCCCAAACCACACCAACCUUAUUUCCAAAAACGCCUUUAACUUUAGAAACACCAGAAACUUUAAAAGAAAAUCAUUUCAAACCUUUCAAAGGCUCAAAAAUGCCAUCCGAAACAAUGAAACAAAGAAAUUCAUUCAACGCAGAGCACAAUAGUUAUGAACAGUCAACCAGAUUCAGAACACGAGAGCCAGCCUUCAUUAUUGGUGGACAUUGUUAUGGGGCCCCACCAAAUUUCAACCACCCUAUAGGUGUACCCGUUUUACAGCCUUUUCCACCUCCAUUUCCACCUCCAUUACCGCCUCCAUCAACAGUGUCAUGUUCACUUCCAUUGCCUCAUCCCUUUCCGCUUCCAUUACCGGUACCCAUGCAACUACCACCAUCGUUACCACUGCAUCCGCCUGGAAAAUUACCAUCUCGUUUUGAAAUUCCGGGGUACUUGCCUUCAGCUACUUUAGAUUCCCAAAAUGUAACAUCCAAAAUAAUCCCUCUUGAUGCAGCUGUGAAGAAGUUGGAUUCAGAGUCCACAAACGACAAAUUUGAGAGAGUAGCAGAGCAGAUUUUGUACUAUUUUUCAACGGACAAUCUUUGUCGAGACCUUUAUUUAAGGGGAAACAUGAGUAAGGAAGGCUAUGUACCGAUAUCCCUACUAAACGGGUUCAAGAGAAUCAAGCUGAUCUGCGGAGAUGAUGAGAGAUUUGUAGAUUAUGUUCUUGACCAUAUUCCCGAGCUUGAGAAAAGAGGAGACAGUGUGAGACUACGCCAGAAUUGGGAGAGAUGGUUAUUACCGGGAACAAAGAGAUGA